AUGGGAUCCGAAGCAGCCCCCACCAACUGGCAAGACCUUGUUAUCGCCAAACGCCAUGAAUGCGAACAGAAGAUCCCCCGGGACUGGCUUCUGAGCGCAGACCAGCUGGCGCUCGCGCAGGAAUCCCCGCGUGUUCUGGAUAUUGAUCUUCCUCGUCGCAGUAGUAUCCUCUCCGAGGUCGAAUUGGAUCUGACCGAAAACUAUACCGCAAGUCAGCUAUUAGUCAAAUUGGCAUCGGGUCAGGUCAGUUCGUUGGCUGUUACAACGGCGUUUUGUAAGAGAGCUGCCAUUGCGCAGCAGGUUACCUCGUGUCUCACGGAGACAUUCUUCCCCCAGGCUCUGGAACGUGCUAAGUACCUAGACGAGUACCUCCAGCGGAAGGGAAAGCCCAUUGGUCCCCUACAUGGACUGCCUAUCAGCAUAAAAGACAGUUUCUGUGUCGAGGGUGUGCAGUCGACGAUAGGAUAUGUCGCAUUUCUCGAGAAUGAACCUGCGAAGACGAACUCAGCGCUAGUACAGAUGUUGCUAGACCUUGGCGCGGUGUUAUACGUGAAGACCAACAUUCCACAAACGCUGAUGACAGCAGACUCCGAGAAUAACAUCUUCGGCCGCACCCUGAAUCCACACAAGACAACCUUAACAGCAGGUGGAUCCAGCGGCGGCGAGGGUGCUCUAGUAGCAUUCCGAGGAUCGAUUUUAGGCGUGGGGACCGACAUCGCCGGCUCAAUUCGCAUCCCCGCACUAUGUUGCGGUGUAUACGGCUUCAAGCCAACAACCGACCGUAUCCCCUAUGGCGGGCAAGCCUCCGGCUCUGUGAAGGGGAUUCCAGGACUGGUUCCAGUCGCAGGCCCGCUAGCACAUAGCAUCGCUGAUCUGAAGCUACUGAUGAGUUCCGUUGUCGCUGACGGCCAGGCGUGGAAGUAUGACUCUGCUGCCGUCGGGGUUCCCUGGCAAACCACCCCCCCUAGUACCAACGCCAACGGAAGCUUGACUGUCGGCGUGCUUGCUGAGGAUGAGCAUCUCCCGCUCCAUCCGCCUGUAAAGAGGGCUCUAAAUCGGGCGGUUGAGGCAUUGACGCGCGCAGGAAAUCGUAUUGUCCGACUUGGUGCUGACGAUGAAGCACAUAGCGUGGCAUAUGCGUCGCGUGUUGCGUUUCAGUAUUUUAUCUAUGGCCCGCACAAGGAUCAUAUUGCAGCCAGUGGCGAGCCUCCUGUGACUUCGGUUGCUAAGGCUGCGGGGCCAAUGUCCUCUGGCCCAUUUCCUGCUCAGAAAGGCCUGGGACCGUUUGAGACUAUCGAGGCGUUGCAUCUGGCUCGCCAACGGGUUCAUGACGCCUGGAGACAGACAUGGGUGGAUCAGAAGCUUGACGUAAUUCUGGCUCCUGGGGCACAGAGCACAGCUGUGGACCAUGAUACGUAUGGAUGGCCUUCUUAUACAGUGUUGUGGAACGUCUUGGAUUAUCCCGCGUGCAUUAUUCCAUUUGGAAAAGCCUCCAAAGAGCUUGAUCCCGAACCUAUGAUAACAAGUGAUGAUGCCCAGCCGGACUAUCACCCUGAUGAGGUAGAUGGCGCCCCGUGCGCUGUCCAGGUCAUCACACCACGCUUCCAAGAUGAGAAGUGCCUAUGGGCGGCGGAUAUCAUUGACCGGGUAUUGGCCGUUCAUGGCAAGGAGUAA